GCAAUGGUAAGUUCUUUUUGUCCUCAUACCUCUUCAUAGGCAAGCAGACUGGUGAAGGGAAUGAUAAUCUGGAAUAUAAUGCUGACGAGGUUCAUUGGAAGGUGUGUCCGGGCUUCCUUAUUCGGCAGCUUUGGUCAGCUAGAUGGUGUAGCUGGUGUUGUGAAGAGCAACGAUGAAGUCCGCAUCGAGUAUUCCCGCAGUGCCGAUGGAAAGAUCUGGAACCAGUACAAAGCUUCCUGUUCCUGCUCUCAAAGUUCUCUAGCUAACGUGGAAACUAGAAAUGUUACUAAUGCCGUCACUGGUGCAUUUCUGUCUACUUUCAGCCAUGCAUCUGGCCCCAUGACUGGAUGGGGUACUGGGACCGAAUGUAACGAUGGAUGCAGCGGGACUAUCGCACCUCAGACCUACAAGAAUACCGUUAUUACCCUUGCAAGUUCGGACACUUCUUUUGGAAAGACUUUGAGCACAUCCCAAGGAACGACUUACAGUGGACUCAAGAACUCUGCUGACGGCAAGACUUGGUCUAUUGAUAAGAUCAACAUCCCUGCUAUGGUUGUGUAAAGUACUACAUUGUCGAGGCCGGGACGGGGAACAUUGUUUUCGGUUAGUGGAGAGUCGGAAACGAAUAUGAAAUGCUUUCUGAUAAUGUCUGUUCCUAC